AUAAGAUAGCGACGAUAAAACUUCGGUCCUCCCAGAUCAACUUUUCACAGGACAGAUUUUCAUGAGCUUAUUUCAUCACGAGAAGCAAUGAAAAGAGUGAUCAUCAUGGGAAAUUCGUUUAGUCAUGAAGAAGGAUCAGAAGAUGAGGAGGUGCAAGUCCAAGAAAAGCAGUUUGCAGUUCAGAAUGGAUCAGUCCCCCUACAGAAUGCUACACUAGUCAAAGUCAUACCAAGCACUGACCAAGUUGAUGGCAAAAAAGUGACACAGCAGAAAAGCAUCAUCUCAUCUACUCAAAAAACGAUUGUAUUUAGUCCAAUUUCUAAUGGGGAAAUUGACUCCAAACCACCUGCACCAACGGCUCAAUCAAAGUUUAGACUCUCUAUUUCCCGGCCACCCUCAGGCCGUACUAUAUUCCAAGUCAAUGGUCUAGAAGGAGAGAAGGUAAAGACCGCAGUUCCCUCAGAAGAACCACUUAUUACUGAAAAUCAAAACGGCACACCUGUUGUACUGGAAACAUCAGUGACAAAUGCAAGCAACGCUGGGAUCCAAAAUCAGCCACCUCCCUCUGCAAUUGCCAUAAGUGCAGCAACACCACCCUCUGUAGCUGCUACUAAUGAGCCACCACUGGCCGCAUCCUUGUCCAAUGAAUUGGAGACACCUACCAAACCCAAAGAAAUAAGCUUUUUCGAGAGGAUAUUUAUGCCAGAAAAGAAAGUGCAAAUUGAAGAGCCUCAACAACCUCAACUGGAGGAAAAUGAGGAGGCAGGGAUCAUGGUGGAACAGAAUGCUGGAUUACAGAGUAUGCCACUGACCAGUAAUGCUCAAGCUCAGAACAUAGAUGAAUUCAACCAGGAGGCUGGUAAAGAGUUCAGCUCUGAGCUUACGACGAACCAGGAGAACCACAACAGCCCCAUUACUCUAGAAGCAAGUCUUCCGGCCCCUCCAUCUCCAGAGGCCCAUCCAGUCAUGAGCUUCUUCAAAACCUUGGUUUCUCCUAACAAGUCUGUACUGAAAUCAGAGGAAGAGUCAAAAAAAGAUUCUGACGAUAAGAAAAAAGAAAAUGGAGGACUACGAAAAUCGUCAUCCAGAAAGGAGAAAGCAAAGAGCCUUCCGCAACAAACAGCUGAAUCAGAAGCAAAGAGCACAAAGAAGUCCGAGAGCCCCAAAUCUAGGACAUUAAGCAGACUCUUUGGGCACAAGUCCAAAAAGGGAGAGGAACUGACAAGCGGUAACAAGGUUGUGGAGGAAAAGCCUGUAGCAGUAACUAUAAACUCAGAGCAACCCUCCCCUGAGCAGAUACUAACACAGGACACUAUACUCUCUGAACCCAAUGUCCAACUGCAGAUCUCAGCACCAGCUUCCAAAGAUGAAGGAAAGGCUGCUAAGGAAUCCACUCCGAGACCUAGGCCCUUUUGGAGAAAGUCUUUUAAAGGAGAGCCUCCAACUACUAAGCAAGAAGAAAAUGUUGAGGAGGAACAGCCUGUGGCCACUUUAACAAUAAACUCCGUCAGUGCUGCUCCUGAGCAGAUAGUAGACCAGAACAUUGUUUCUGCCGAACCCAACGUCCAGAUAGAGAUCCCCAGCCAGACCUCAGACAGUGAUAGGAAGGAAGAAAAGGAAACUACACCAGAGAGACCUAGGCCUUUUUGGAGAAAGUCUUUUAAAGGAGACCCUGCUGUCCCCAAAAUCCAGGAAAAUGUUGAGGAACAACAGCCUGAGGUAGCUAUAACAGUAAACUCAGACAGUGCUGCUCCUGAGCAGCAGCUCAACUUGGAAAUGAAGCCUAUUGCUGCCAAUGGCCAACCAGAGAUCCCAAACCAGCCCUUAAGCAAUUAUGAAAAAGCAGAGAAGGAAUCUUCUCCUCAAAGACCUGUGCCCUUUUGGAGAAAGUCUUUUAAAGGUCACCCUCAGCCUGUUAAGAAUGAAGAAAAUUCUUUAAAAGAAGAGCCAGAGGCAGAACCAAUAACUGAGAAUGCCUCGGCAGAGAAAGAAGCCAAAGCGGACGCCCAGGUGCAGGCUGCUACAUCCAGUGGCAAAGGGCAAGAGUCUCCAGACAAGGGUAAAAAGGCUGAAGAUGGGAAAAAUACUAAACCAAAACUGAUGAUGUUCUUCAAACAGCUGUCAGUGAUUGGUGAUGGAGGUAAUGGCAAUUCAGAGGAGGUUAACGAGAAAAGUACUGACCAGUCAAAACUUGACCUAACAGAUGGGACAGAGGCCACAAAACCAGAGAAGACAGUAGUGUCGGCUGUGGUGGAGCCUCCACCCCCAGCUCCCAAAAUCAAGGAGAACCAAAAAGAGAAAAAGGUGGUGGUUGAGAAGAUGACCAAGCAAGAAAGCAAAGAUAUGCCCGAGGCUGUAAGCCCAACACAGCAGCAGGCUUCCAAUCUGGCACUGGUACAGAAUGGGUCAGACGCAACUAAAGACGGUCAGCUGAAGAGGACAGAGAAGAGACAGUCUCUUGGAAACUUCUUCAAAGCUAUUGGCCCGAAGCGACUGAGCGAUGCAGCGGUGCAGACAGACCCAGUGUGCAUCGUACCAGCAGAAAAGGCCAAGUAAAACAAGAAGACGAUGCCGGGGAGGUUGCAAAGUCAUUUGGGGUCGGGGGUUGGGGGGGGAGCUGAUACUGCUAAUGUAUAUUUCAGGUUAAUAUGUACAGAGAUCAGCCAUUUAAUGCCACAGGGUCACGCUGGGUCCUACAGUGGUUUGCUAUAAGGUGGUUACAGAAGGCUAAAUAAUGAAUAAUGACUGUGUGAUUCUACAUGGAAGUGAUAUAGGUGGGCUUCCACUGAGCACUGGACUCCCCCAUCUUUAAAAGGUAAAUAUAUGAAUUUAUGUGUACAGGAAGCCCAAGGAGCCUUAUUUCUCUGCAUAUUUAUAUGUAUUAAUACUGGAAUAAAUGGCCAAAUUGUAACGAAACAUCACAUAAGACAUGAGAUUUUACAGGCCCAUAAUUAGUCAGUAUAAUGUCCUUUUAAUACACAAUAAUAAACCUUAUGUACAUAUAUUCACUGGCAAAUGAGAAAAGCAGCCGAUAUUUUAUUAUAGCAGGUACAAGGGGCCUCAGGAGUGUUCAGGAGACCUCUAAAUAGUAUUAUUAAGGUGCACACCCAACAGCUCUUCCACUUUCCAUAUGAUGAAGGGGAGGGGCUUAUAUUAAUAGGGGAAGGGUUUGGGGGAUUCAUUGGAGAUUUUGGGUUGUGGAUCUUGUGUGUAGCCUAAUUGUCCAAAUGGUGAGAAAAACAUAUUUCCCUAAUUCAGUUGCAUUGGUCCAUUGGUGGGGCUUUCCCUGUACUGUCACUGCCACUAAUCCAAAAAAUGGACCAUAUAUCCACUAUUUCCACCCCUAUCUGUAAUAAAAGUGCAAAAAAGUUUGCCCGGGAGCAGUAACACAAAGCAACCAAUUAGAUGUUUGAUUUUAAACAGGUGACCAGUGAAUGCUGCCUGCUGAUGGUUCACUGGUCACUGGUUGCUAUGGGUUACCGCUCCUGGAUAAAAUUAUUUUAUUGCCUUUUAUUAUAUCACCCAAUAAAUGUUUAUUGAAAGGCUUAUCUUGAAGACUCUGCAAGUUAUAAUGGGGUCAUUUAUGAUGGAAACUGAAAGUCGCGCAAGAUGCUGAUAUAUAGCUUGGAUAAAACAUAUAUACACAUAAUGAUUUUUUUAAAGCAUUAUUAAAGGGGUAAUUAUGCAAACCAGCUGUAGGGGGCGCCAAUACCAAAUACUCAUACACUGUACAAUGUGGUUUUUUUUGGGGAUUUUUUAAGCGUUUAAUUAGACAUCUCAUAGCGUAUACUUUAUUUACCCAAGUCUAACGGAUUUAUCUGAUUGAUUGUCUAAUAUAAUCUGAACUAACAGUCUGCCUGGUUAUUAUGGUAUUACACUGUAUGCAAAAUGCCUAUUACCUUCUGCCUUCUGAUACUUAAUAAAAUAAAAAAUGAUGGCUGUUUUACUAUUUGCUAUAGAAUUAUAGUAUUUUAAAUAAAGUGCCCUUACUGUACAGAGA